AUGUCUACAAUCCGAAUCGGCUCCCAGUGGCAUUAUACGCGUUUAGUCGUAACUCAUUUAAACGCAACGAUGUCGGGAGGAUUAGACAUACUUGCCCUCAAUGAGGAGGAUGUAACGAAGAUGCUUGCCGCUACCACUCAUUUGGGAUCGGAAAAUGUUCAUUUCCAGAUGGAAACAUAUGUGUACAAGCGCCGUUCAGAUGGCACUCAUGUAAUCAACUUACGUCGCACUUGGGAGAAGCUGGUACUGGCUGCCCGUGCCGUAGUAGCUAUUGAAAACCCUGCUGAUGUGUUCGUCAUCUCAUCACGUCCUUUCGGACAGCGCGCUGUUUUGAAAUUUGCAGCCCAUACAGGAGCUACUCCAAUUGCUGGACGAUUCACCCCUGGUGCAUUCACUAAUCAGAUUCAAGCUGCAUUCCGUGAGCCACGUCUCCUGAUUGUUUUGGACCCUGCUCAAGAUCACCAGCCCAUUACUGAGGCUUCGUACGUCAACAUUCCAGUUAUUGCAUUCUGCAAUACUGACUCUCCUCUUCGUUUUGUUGACAUUGCAAUUCCAUGCAACACUAAGUCAUCUCACUCCAUUGGUCUUAUGUGGUGGUUGCUAGCCCGUGAAGUACUAAGACUGCGUGGCGUUCUUGCCCGUGACCAACGGUGGGAUGUUGUUGUAGAUCUCUUCUUCUACCGUGACCCUGAAGAGAGUGAAAAGGAAGAACAGCAGGCUAAGGAACAGCAGGCCGUCGUCCCAGCCAAACCUGAGGUCCCUGCACCACCUGUGCAUGAAGAUUGGAAUGAGAAUGUGGAGCCUGUCACCUCAUGGGCUGAGGAUGCUGCGCUACCACCGGCAGCUGCUACUUUCGGCGCACCACCCCCCGCUCAGGAAGACUGGGCUGCACAGGUUCAAGAAGAGUGGGGCACAGCCGCACCCGCUCCUGCACCCGCUGCACCUGCUGCACCUGCGCCAUCGUGGGGAGGUUCUGCUCAAGACUGGAGUGCGUCGUAA